AUGUUAAGUGAAACGCAAAAUGAUUUUACUCUAACUGCAUCACAUCCUAUACGUGUUAAUGGUUAUUUAAAUGUUACAAUGGAUCGAGAAGGAUAUGGUCAAGGUUGUGGAAUUGUAUCUGAUACAGAUGAAACAGAAACAAAUGUCACUUUUCUCGGUGCAUCAUACUCGAUGUGUCUUCAAUCAUUUGAUCUAAGUCUUCUUUGUAAUGAUGUUACGUGUAAUCGGGUUUCAUGUUCAACGAAUUUCCUUGGAACUUGCCCACUUGUUGGUGCUGCUGGAGAUGUCGAUUCAACGUGUGAUGCAACGAAAUUAACAACAUUUAAUAUGUUAAUGUUAAUAGGAAUUGUUAUCGUUGGAUUAAUCAUUUAG